AUUGGACCCUAUCGAUUGCUCAGAACCUUAGGGAAAGGUGCAGAGGGAGUGGUGAAGUUGGCAAACAACGUUGAAACUGGGGAGAAAAAAGCCGUCAAGAUUAUACGAAGAGGAAAUGUGGCAUCCAUGUCGAGAGUUGAUCGUGAAGUCGAAGCUAUGGUGAUGUUGAAUCAUCCCGCAGUCGUGUCUGUGAAUGAGGUCCUCGAGACUGAAUCCUCCAUAUUUUUGGUGAUGGAAUACUGUGCUGGAGGUCACAUUGAGGAUUACAUCUCUCCGACACGCCCCAUGAGUGAAGCGGCUGCCAGGUUUUACUUCAGUCAGCUGUUGGAUGGCAUGUUGUACUGCCAUCAGCAAUGCGUGUGCCACCGAGAUUUAAGGAUAGAAAACCUGAUGUUGGACAACAGGGGAAAUCUCAAAAUUACUGACUUCGGGCAUGCUGGAAUAUUUCAACAGGGUUGGGAUGUAUUUCAGACCAUGCUUGUGGGAUCGAUAUCACAUCUUGCACCAGAGCAGGUGACGGGUACUGUUUACUCCGGGGAGAAGAUAGACAUGUGGUCUGUCGGGAUUAUUCUGUACAUUAUGGUCACGGGUUGUGCGCCGUUU